AAUAUCUUUAGAACCAAUUAAGCUCGGGAACCAAUAAACUGAUGGGCAUUUGAUUGGACAUAAAUCAGAUGUUUAGUUCAUCGUAAUUUACCAAUAGUGCCGUCACUAGAAUUCUCCAAGUCUUACUUAAGGCGUUACUUAAGAGAGAGAUAGGCAAUUGGAUAACUGGUGUGAUUAUAUAUAUGUUAUCAUAUUUAGAAUAGAAUUUCUUUUCUUCUCCAAAUUUUGUGAAAGUUAUAAGAUAUAAGAUCUACGUUUGUACAAUCCUGAAUCAGAACUGACUUCAUCAACAGAGAUAUAUUUUUUCUAUCAAAUAGCUGAAUUAUAAAGAAAGAUUUUGUGAAAAAAAAUUCUAAAAAACAUUUUACUUGACAACAAAACAAAACGAAGGAUUAGCUUAUGUUGAAGAAAUAUAUAUAUAUGACAAUUGAAUACUUUGCUUAAGAUAAGCACAAUGGAAACAAAAAAAUGCUUAAAAGAAGUUGAAUUUCUUUUCUGUAAGUUUAUAAUUGACUUCAUUUUGGAUGUUAAGAAAUGAAAAUAAUUUCAAUUGUUCCAAAGAAAAUAUAUAUUAAAACAUUCUAAGAUUUUUCAAAGAACUAAAACACUGACAGGAUUUUAUUUUUGUGAACCAAAAAAGGAAAUACGUAAGAUGGAUAAUUUCACCACUCAGAGUAUGGAAUUUGUUUCACCAGUCACACAAUCUGAUGAACAGGAAUUCAUAUCAACAUUCAUUGUGGAGAAAAUCUAUAAGAUUGUAAUAACUGUGAUUGGACUAAUAGGUAAUGGAGUGACAAUUAUUAUCCUGACAAAUAAGCGAAACAGACGUUCAUCGACAUCAAUCUAUCUGACAGCCUUGGCAGUUUCCGACAUUGUCAUACUUAUUUUCGGGCCAUUUUGUGACUGGAUCGAAGUGAUGUUUAAAGUAAUUAUUCGAGAGCAUGGUACUUUUGCGUGCAAACUGCAAACAUUUAUGCACUAUUCUAGUUCAAGUACGUCUUCGUGGUUACUGGCAGCCGUCACCAUCGAGAAAGCCGUUAGUGUCAAAUUUCCAUAUUGGGUUCGAUCCUCUUGUACAACUAGAAUCACGUUCAUCGUUAUCAUCGUGACAUGGGUAAUACUGUAUGCUGUCAAUGUACAUUUUCUCUUAGGAAUGGGACACACAUACAACAAUGUAUGUGCUUGGGUAUCGAUCAAGUACCAGAACUUUGGUAUGUACGCAUUGCCUUGGAUUGAUUUUUGCUUGUGCUUUGCGAUUCCAUUUAUAUUCAUUUCAAUAGGAAAUUAUAUCAUUAUCCGCCAGCUUGCAGUUUCUCGUGCACAACGGAAACAUUUAACGAAAUCUAAAGUAACGAGACACUUAUCUGUCUCUCUGAUCCUAGUGCUAGUGAACGUAGUCUUUACGUUAACUGUGGGACCAAUCUACAUCUUUUCUAUCAUAGAUCCAUAUUUAUUUAAGCAUUUAAAUGCAGAAGAGCUGGCGCACUUAAAAGGAUUUUGGGGACCGAUGUUAAAUGGUUUAUGGGAGAUGAACGCUGCCGUGAAUAUGGUACUAUAUAUACUCAGCGGUUCUAAAUUCCGACGAGAGGUCAUUUACCUGAUUUGCUGCAAAAAGCCGAACAGAGAAACCGGAGUUUUUGACAAUGGAGUCCUUAUGAGCCGAAUAUAUACUCUUGGCGUACGCCGACAGCAGUUUCUACAACAAAAUGACAGUAACAGUUGUAUAGAAAUGCAGGAUCUUCGGUACAGUAACGAUGGAUUAAGAACAUACGAUGCUCGCCUAAAAGGGUAGAGCACUCAUUUCCUAAUAAUAUAUGAACAUACAAAAAGAAUGUUUUGUUGUACUGGUCCAUGAAAUUUGACAUUGUGAGUCGAAAAAAUAUAGAAAAAUCUGCU